AUGGCCGUUGCGGGCUUACAAAAUGUCACCAGGUUGGAUGCUUCCUUUCAUGGGGAAUCUCGGUCUCUAGAGUCUGGCCAAUGGGAUGAACAGAACAGGCCAAGCACCCGGGCAUCCUCGCUUCUGCAAAUGUGGCGAGAGCUUGAGGGUGAGCAUGUGGUGAAUAAUCCCAAUUCGAGAUUACGUGUGAAGAUUCAACGGCAGAGGAGUGAUAGGUCUAAUUCUGACUCCGUUAGUACAUUCUUAUCAGAUGGGCCAGAAAGUGUCAAUGGAAAUGAGAUAUUGGAAACCAAUGAUGUUCGGACUGCAAGUGAGCAGUAUUCACCACAUCCUGUGGGUUUAGCAAAUGAGCAUGAUGACAAUAAUAGUAUUAAUUCAGAGCAGUCAGCUGAUCUAGGAGAAGUUGAACGGGAACGAGUACGACAAAUUUUCCGGGAAUGGAUGAACAAUGGUCCAGAAAGCCCUGCCUCUCAUAACUCACAUAUAAACCACCCCUCAAGGGCACAGUGGCUCGGUGAAAAUGAGCGUGAGCGUGUCAGAAUCAUAAUGGACUGGGUGCAAGUGAACUGUGAACAGAGAGGAAAUUGUGACACUCCUGCAGAUGAAGGAGCUUCUGAAAUUAAUCCACAAAUCAAACUAGUGCGUGAUGGUUUGCUUGUGAGUCCUGCAGAAAUUCCUGAACGGAAAGCCAUCCGGAAGUUGUGUGGCAGGCAGACACUUCUUGAUUUACUUGCACGGGCACAAAGGGAUAGGAAAAGGGAGCUUCAACAAUUGGUGGAUCAUAGGCCUGUAUCCAAUUUCAGUCAUCGUAACCGGAUUCAGUCACUGCUCAAAGGUAGAUUCUUGCGAAAUGAUAGAUUGAUUCAAAAUGAAAGACUGCAUUCUCGAGAGACCUGCGAAUUGGGUUUACUCAGGCAGAGAAAUACAGUUUCUGAUCUGAGAGAAGGAUUUUUGUCCCGAUCCGGCAAUUCAAUAAAUGGGUCAUCAUCCAGUUCUGAAUCAGGCAAUGCCUGUUGUAAUGAGGAUCAUGAUAAUCAUGGUACCAAUCAAUCAGAUGAGGCGCAGGAGGUUUUGGAAGAUGUCUAUGAUCUCUUUGAGCCUUCGGAUGAAGAAAGAGAUGGAAAUGAUUUUCCAGCUGUAGGGAGUUGUGAGUUCAAUGCAACUGAAAACAUAAAUGGUCAGCAUUCUGUUGUUCAAGCAGUUGAAAGGCCGGUGCAACCUCUAAGAGAAGGUGAGCAAGAACUAGAUUCAGUGGGGAAUGGUGCCUAUAUUUGUAUAGAGUCUGAUGCUGAUGUGUUGGUCCAAGAACCAUCAUCGAGUGAAGCCAGUAUUCCCAGUCAAUUGGUAGAUGCUCCUGAAUUAUCUCGUGAUGAAACAAGCAGUGAGGUGAGCAGCGUCCACCAGGCCAAUAGUCCAGUAGAAGAUUUUGUUGUUGAUCCAGUUCAAGAUAUGGAUGGACAUGAAACUUCAGCUGUGGUUGAGGAGGGUCAGGAAGAAUCAGCCUUGGAUCAUGAGGAAUGGCAUCAAUUAACUCAUACUGAAUCUAAUGAAUGGGCAGAUGGUGAUGAAGAAGACCUUGGCAGAACUUGGCAAGAAAGCAUUGCCAAUCAAUGGGAUCAGGAAAGCCCCGAUAAUAAUUUUAGAGAGCACAAUCAUAUGCAUGAACCUCAUGAAGAAUGGCAUGAAAAUGGUUUACAAGAGGCUAUAGAUAGUUGGUUAGAUUCACCUUCAGGACAGGAAGUUGGUUCCUUGGGGAGGGUUGAUGCAUUUUAUCUUCCAGAGGAUGAUAAUGUUUACAGUGUAGAACUAAGAGAGCUGCUGAGCAGGAGGCGUGUCUCUAGUCUUCUUCGAAGUGGUUUCCGUGCAAGUCUUGACCAGCUAAUACAAUCGUACGUAGAACGCCAGGGUAAUACUUCUGUGGACUGGGAUCCCGAUGGAACAUCAUCUUCUCCUGCCUUCAAUGAGCAAGAUAAUGAACAACAGAAUAUUGAUCAAGUGCAGGAUGGUGAUAAUUUAUUUAAUGUUGAUGGAUUUUUGCCUACAGAUGAUUCUUCUCAGUCUCCCUGGGACCAGAAUUUGCACCAUGUAAAUUGGUCUCAAAACAGUUCUCAUCAUCAGCUAGGACUGCAAGAGUGGGAUGUCAUUAAUGAAUUGAGAAUGGACAUGGUUAGACUUCAACAGAGGAUGAAUAGUAUGCAAAGGAUGCUAGAAGCAUGUAUGGACAUGCAACUUGAGCUGCAGCGCUCAGUGAGGCAAGAGGUUUCUGCUGCCUUGAAUAGGUCGAUUGUUUCAAUAGAUGAAUGCAAGUAUGAUCCACCCCAGGAUGAGUCCAACUGGGAAUAUGCGAGGAAAGGAAUUUGCUGCAUGUGCCAUGAGCACAAUAUUGAUUCCUUGCUGUACAGGUGCGGACACAUGUGCGCAUGUUCUAGAUGUGCCGAGAAUUUGGUGCACAGAAAAGACAAGUGUCCAAUGUGCCGGGCACCAGUAGUUGAGAUGGUCCGAGCAUAUUCGAUUCAAUGA